CGCGGACAUCGCGCCGAAUAAUCUACCAACACCGUGGGGCUCCUCUCUUCGGCCAAGUUUAGUGAGUGUGCUCGUAACUCCGCGCAACCUUGAUACAUCUUGGAGGGAUCCAUCAUAGGCAAAGCCGGACAGAGCAGAAGCCUACUAAUUGUCCUCGCUGUCGCGACUAUAUUCGGCAUACCUACUACGUUAAUUACGUCACCAGAUAGUGUAUCGCGGUUUUCCCCAUCCCUCUUGGGGCACAGCGCAGUGUUCGUUUUGACCAUCCGGUUGCCUAGGCGCAGAGCAGGAUGAAUUCGAUCCUAAUCACCGGCUGUAACCGGGGACUGGGCCUGGGGCUGAUAAAGAGCUUCUUAAAGUUACCAACGCCGCCCCGGCACGUUAUCGCAACUUGUCGCAAUCUGCAGCAGGCCGAGGAGCUCAAAUCCCUGGCAGAGCAACACUCCAACCUGCACGUGCUUCAGAUUGACCUGAAAGCCAUCGACCAGUACGAGAAUUUCGCGAAGGAAGUCGAAACGAUUGUCCAAGAUAAUGGGCUGAACGUGCUGUUCAACAACGCUGGCGUAUCUCCCAAAUCGACGCGACUCAACUUUACCAAGAGCGAAGAUCUAACCGACACGUUCAUGACCAACGUGGUGGCACCGAUUAUGCUCACCAAGGCCCUCGUCCCGUUGCUGAAACAGGCAGCCGAGGCGAAUGCUUCUGCACCGAUUGGCCCGACCAAGGCUUGCAUCGUCAACAUGAGUUCGAUUCUGGGCUCGAUCGAGGCCAAUUCCGACGGCGGGUUGUACGCCUAUCGGACGUCCAAGUCGGCGCUCAAUUCCGCGACCAAGUCGAUGAGUAUCGACCUCAAGGGGAACGGGAUUAUGGCCGUGGCGCUGCAUCCGGGCUGGGUUCGCACGGACAUGGGCGGCUCGAAGGCACCGCUGUCGGUCGAGCAGAGUUGCGCAAAGAUGGUGCAGACGGUGAUGGGACUGGGGGAAAAGCAAAAUGGGGCAUUUCUGCAGUACGACGGAAAGGGACUGCCGUGGUAGGUGGGAUUGAAGGUUGGGAAACAGUUUGUGAUGUACCGGAGCCUUGUUGAAUGUUAUUUUCCAGAAAAAAUAUAUUAAAAAGAAAUCAAUUAAAGAGAUAUAAAAA